AUGGAUAAUUUUAGCAAUGAUAAUCCAGGGAACUUAGGCCCUUCCCUGCUCGCUGUUGAAUGGUUAUUUACUAGUAUAUCGACGCUAGUUGUUGCCUUACGACUUUACGUUCGUCUGCGUGUCUUACGGAAGUUCAAUAUUGACGAUUGUAUGAUUAUUAUUACUUUACUAUGUGCCAUAGGCAAUGCCGUAUUUAUCACAAUCGCAGUCUCUUGGGGCUUUGGGAAGCACAUGAGUAGUCUCGCGUCUAAUCCCAUCGCCGUCAUGAAUUCCACAAAAUGGUCAUACUUGUGCGAAUUCUUUCUUAUCAUGACACCCCAAUUCGGUCGCAUCUCCUAUGCUUUCCUACUGUCGAAUCUAAUCCCACCAUCUAAGUCACGGCGAACAUUCCUAUGGGUUUUGGUUAGUAUCCAUUUUGUGGUUGAUGUUGUGAUGGUCGUUGUAUCCUUCGCGCAAUGCCGGCCAUUUAGGGGUUUCUGGGAUAGGAGUAUUGAAGCCGACUGCUGGCCUCCGACUAUACAGCUGUAUACGAGUUACGCUCAAGGCUUAGUAGCCUUAGGUUCCGUAGUUGACUUGGUCAUGGCUAUGUUCCCGUGUAGUCUUUUCUGGAAUUUAAACAUGCACUGGAAGCAGAAAGCUUUCUUAAGUUCAAUAAUGGGGCUUGGAGUAUUUGCUAUGAUCGCUUCCAUCGUCAAAACAGUCGAACUCCAAGCUCUUACACAUACUAAUGACCUAACUUCUAAUGGUAUAUCUAUGCUAGACUUUAUGGCGAGACUUAUAAUCUGCGCAACUCUCGAAGGGCACCUCGUACUUCUUUCUGCCUCAAUACCGACUGUCACGCCUAUAUUUAAGCCAUCGGGAACCUGUAGCAAUGACCGGAGUGGCCGUGUUAACAACAUGAAUACUUUCCUGUCGUGGAAACACGCUCAGGCAACUAAGUCCAAGGGAAGCCGUGGGCCAUUUGAGCCACUCCAAGAUCAUGGAUUGACUACCGAGAUUAUUGUCAACGAGGAACAAAAGAUACCCCAACCUAACGCGUACCUACCGAGGAUUUUAGAUGUUGGUGAUACUAGUGGUAGCGUGACUGGCAUAAGAAAAGACAUAACGGUAUCGAUUACAUUCAAUUCGAGGUCGUAA